UACCGCCGAGACCACGCCUCGGCCCCGGAUGUAGUGAAGCGCAAACGCGUUCGCCGUGGAAGCAAGAGGAUCACACUCAAGUCGGGCCUGUAAGCACUUGAAAGAAAUCACUGUUGCUAAAUCAUCAUCAGAGAUAAACCAUGUCUGAAGGUGAGGGAUUUGUUGUCCGUGUUCGUGGGCUGCCCUGGUCCUGCUCAGUUGAUGAAGUUCAGAGGUUUUUCUCAGACUGCAAAAUUGCAAAUGACACAACUGCCAUCCACUUCACCUAUACCAGAGAGGGGAGGCCAAGUGGAGAGGCUUUCGUUGAACUGGAGACAGAGGAAGACCUGAAAAUUGCAGUUAAAAAAGACAGAGAAACCAUGGGGCAUAGAUAUGUGGAAGUGUUUAGAUCGAACAAUGUUGAAAUGGAUUGGGUUCUGAAACACACUGGUCCCAACAGCCCUGAGUCUGAGGGUGAUGGCCUGGUCCGACUCAGAGGCCUUCCGUUUGGCUGCAGCAAAGAAGAAAUAGUCCAGUUUUUCUCAGGGUUGGAAAUCGUGCCAAAUGGGAUUACAUUGCCGGUGGACUUCCAGGGGAGGAGUACGGGGGAGGCCUUCGUGCAGUUUGCUUCACAGGAUAUAGCUGAAAAGGCUCUAAAGAAACACAAGGAAAGAAUAGGGCACAGGUAUAUUGAAAUUUUCAAGAGCAGCCGAUCAGAAGUGCGCACCAAUUACGAGCCCCCGCGGAAACCAAUGGGAAUGCAGCGCCCAGGGCCCUAUGACAGACCCGGCGGUGGAAGGGGUUACAACAGCAUGGGUCGUGGUGGAUCCUUCGACCGAAUGAGGAGAGGAGGCUAUGGUGGCGGCUAUGGUAGUUAUGAUGACUACAAUGGAUACAGUGAUGGCUAUGGUUUUGGCUCCGACCAGCGGUUUGGACGAGGUACUGAAGGAGUGUCUGAUGGUCGUUAUGGAGAUGGAACUUCCUCUUUCCAGAGCACCACAGGCCACUGUGUACACAUGAGGGGACUCCCUUAUCGUGCUACAGAAACAGACAUAUAUAAUUUCUUCUCACCGCUGAACCCAGUAAGAGUUCACAUAGAGAUUGGCCCCGAUGGCAGGGUAACCGGGGAGGCCGAUGUGGAGUUUGCUACUCACGAGGAUGCUGUGGCUGCCAUGUCUAAAGACAAAGCAAAUAUGCAACAUAGAUAUGUUGAGCUUUUCCUGAAUUCCACUGCUGGAGGAAAUAAUGGCGCCUAUGGAAACCAGAUUAUGGGAACAAUGGCAAACCAGUCCACUUACGGCCCCAGUAAUCAGCAGUUGAGUGGUGGAUACACGGGUGGCUACAGCACCCAGACCAGCAUGGGCGGCUACGGUGAGUACAGUAGUCAAAGUGGAAUCAAUAGUAGCUACUAUGGAAGUGGAAGCCGUGGCUCGGUGGGCGUGAAUGGAAUGGCUGGAAUGUCAAGCAGCAUAAACAUGAGUGGAGGAUGGGGAAUGUGAGCAGCUUCAAUGGAAGAAAAGAAAUGAAUUCUGUACAAUAAAAUAAAUACAUGGACUCCAGCUCUGCUGUAACAGAUGUAAGAGGGUUUGCUUACUGUUCUAGAAAUCAGGGUUGUCGUUUAAAAUAGGAAGGAUGGAAGAUGUCUCGGCAGCCUAACCCUUUGAUGUUUAAAUUUAAGUUAGUUGCUGGUCUUCACUUUUGUUCUGUGUAAGUCUUUAAGUUUCCGUAGACACUUUUUUUCAGCAGUAAGUAACCAAGGGCUAAUGGCCUUCAGUUUAGUAUUAUAGGGUCUUGAGAGUAACCAUUUCCUGAGAUUUGUUCCCUUACAAUUUGAUAGCAUGAACAGACAUGCUUUUGUAAAUAUAUGGUUAAGAUGUAUAUGAACACUGAUGUUCGGUUGAAAGCUGCAAGGAUUUCCAGCCAUUAUUUUCUUAAGGUGUAAGACCUUAAAUCGGAGUGUGGGUUUUUUAUAUUCUGUGGAAGAGCAUGUUUCUGAGUUGCUUUUUUAAAAUUCUGUGGAAACUUGCCUAAAGACGCAAUACAGAGCAAACAUUUUAAACCUUUUGUCAUGGAAGUAAUUUUUUUUUUUUUGGUUUGUUUAAUUCUGUGUAUUGCGCAAAGUUAAUAAACUUGAGUAACUGUG